AUGCAAAAAGAGAUAAAAGAAGAAGAAUGUGAUUAUUCUUUUAAAAGUAAAUAAGUUAAAUACUGCUAAUAAAGUUGCUUUAGUAGGGGAAUGUGAUGUUGGCAAAACUUGUAUUUGGCAAAAUUAUUUAAAGGGAACGAUACCAAAGAAAACUGCUCCAACAAUAGGUGUAGAAUUUGAAACAAAAUUUAUCACACUUUCUGAUGGAUCAAGAAUAAAAGCCCAAAUUUGGGAUACAGGUACUGAAUGAUUAUAGGAAGCUGGACAAGAAAGAUAUCGUUCUCUUACUAAUAGGUAGAAAAUAUAUUAUUGACAAAUAAAGUCAUUUUAGAAAAGUAGUUGGAGCCUUAGCAAUUUUUGAUUUAACCAAUAAAACAAGUCUUGAAAAAUUAUAACUUUGGAUAUAAGAAUUAAAACAUCAUGGAGAUGGAGAUAUUCAAAUAAUAAUUAUAGGAAACAAAUUAGAUUUAGUGUAAAAAAAUCCAAGUUGUAGAUAAGUAUCAGAAAAUGAUAUUAAAUUAUUUAUUAAAUAAAAUAAAUGGAAGAUAUUUGAAAUAUCAGCUCAUUUACCAGAAAAUGUAAAUCAAUGUUUUGAAACUUUAUUUAUAGGUUAAAUUUCAUAAUUAAUAUAAUUAGACCUUUGUAAAUAAAAGACUGGAUUUAGAGGAGGAGAACAAUCCUAAUUAAAACUUAUGAAAUAAUCUGCAAACUUAAAUGAAGGAAAAUGUAAAUGUUGA